AUGAGCGUCUUCGCGUCGCCGUCGAAGACGACGGUGGACAUGGACGAGAUCAACAAGGUGCUCUGGCCCGUCUACGUGCGCGCGGCGCUGCGCGGCGCGACGAUCAGCCGCUGCGAGGUCGUGGGCACGGUCCAAAAACGCGAGUGGCUCAAGCUCCUCCGCGGCAGCGGCCUCGACGGCGCCCAGGCGACGCUGGUCUACUACGCGGAGACGGCGAAGCACGAGAGGCGCUGCUUCACGUACAGCGCCUUUAAGAGGGCCCUCUGCGUCGUCGCGUGCCGCCUGGAGCCCGAGCUCCGGCCGAGCGCGGCGUUCGUGCGCUUCGUGGACCGCCUCGCGCCCCGCUGGCCCACGCGGUCGGCGGCGCCCAUCGCCGGGGCGCGGGCGGCCUGCGCCGCGGUGCUCGACGCCUUCGCGCCGUGCCUGGCCAAGGUCUUCGCGUUCUUCGCCACGGCUCCUACGACCUUCGAGACGAAAGUCCUCCGGCGCCACGGGGCCCGGGAGGACGUGGACCGCAUGCAGCAGUCGCUGACCUUCGCCGGCUGGGCGGGCUUCGCGGCGACCUUCGCCUUCGCGGAUCGGCUGGGCCCGGACGCGGUGUCCGCGAUCUUCGUCGACUCCGUCGCCGUCGAGGCCGCGGACGAGCUCGGCGGGCUGACGUUGGAGGAGUUCCACGACGCCGUGCUCCGGGCGGCGCUGCUCGUGUCGGCGACGCCCGGCGGCGGCUCGGAGGACAUCCCGGGCAUCGACCUCGCGCUCAAGCCGCGGCGGUCCGCGCGCGGCGCCGGUCCCGCGGACGCGGACGCGCUCGCGCUCGCCGCCGACGCGGCGCCCCAGCGCGCCCUCGCCGGCUUCCGGGUCAUGCGGUCGACGCUCGAGCGCACCGUGCCGCGCGCGACAAACGCGGGCCACGGCACCUGCGCGGGCUCCGCGGGCGGCGAGGCGCGCUGGGCCGGCGGCCGCGCCGUGAGCUCGAACUACUCCCUGCUCAUCGAGGGCUCCAAGGAGUUCUCCACGCUCGCGGACCAGUGCUGGUCCAACCUGAAGAAGAACACGGCGAAGCUCCUCGCGUCGACGCGCCGCGCGACGUCGCGCGGCGAGGAGCUCACGGACCUCAUGGACGACCUCACGAUGACGCGGCCCGCGCCCGACGCCGCGGCGGCGGCCGACGCCGCCGUCUUCGACACGACCCACAGCCUCCUCCGGUAG